CCUAAAGUUGAUGAAACAAAAGGGGGAUUAGAAAGGGAACAAAUAGAACAGUGAUUGGAACAAGAAAGCUGUAUCUGAUUGGCCAUUAUAUUGCCCAGUAUUUCCAUUCUCUCUCUCUCUCUCUCUCUCUCUCUCUCUCUCCCUAUUUCUUGCUUGCACUUAUACCCAACAUGGCUCCUGGCGAAUGGGAUUUCACUCUCUGACCGUACAGUUCCUUCUCCCCUCUCUUCUCCUAUCUUGCUGGUAUUGCAGAGUGGUUUGUAGCCAUUGAUUUGUGGAUUGGUAAGUGAUUUGAAGGGCGGAUAUGACUAUGCAUAGUGUAAUUUCCAAAGAGAAUGAAGGGAUAGUCCAAAACCCCAUUGCGAAUUCGCCAACGACACUGCCUUGGUGGGGUGGGCUCACAGUGCAAUCUGCUUCUUGUGUUGAGACUUUGGGGCAUUUGAUGGCUUUAUCUGGGGAUCAAGCCAUAGCCAGCAAGCAGGUCGAACGUGUUGUGGAACAGCAGAUACCGAAGGGGAACACAGGCCAAUUCGCUAUUGUCCCUGGCGAUUGCAAAUCAUUAGCAAAUGUGCAGAAGUUUUCGCAAGUGCAAGGUGCAGCCUCUGCACAGCCAGAUAGUGUGGAAUACCGAGGUCCCUUUGAGUUUGGAUUUGGCCAACCUCUGAUAUGUGCCAAGUAUCCUUAUGGAGAGCAGUGCUAUAGGUUAUAUACAGCUUAUGGACCUCAGGUUGCGGGGCGAAUCAUGCUGCCACUGAAUUUGGCGUCGAAUGAAGGCCCGAUAUUCGUGAAUCCUAAGCAGUACCAUGGGAUAAUUAGGCGCAGGAAGUCCCGUGCAAAGGCUGAAAUGGCGAACGUUGUGCCUAAAUCCCGCAAGCCAUACUUGCACCUGUCCCGGCACCUCCACGCAAUGCGUCGCCCCCGGGGUUGCGGUGGGCGGUUCCUGAACACGGGGAACAACGCCAAGGGCAGCUGCAAGGACUCGAGUGCAGCAGAAGGGCACACUGGAUCCCAGGUUUCUGAAGUGCUGCAGAACCCGAGCUCCUCCCCGGGGUCUCAAAACUACGGUUUAGAGGUGACUAGCCUGUUCUCGAGGGACGAUCAAGACCUCGAUCCCUUCCCGACCACCACCACCCGCCUCCUGAUGAAUGCUGGACACAGCAUUCUCACCGCCCCCGGGAAGUGGAUGGUUGCAGCAGCAGACAGCUGCUGCAACCUCAAAAUUUGACAAUUAAAGAUGGAGGAUCGGGUUGCUGUCCCGUACUCGGGACACAACCCUGUCCUCGUUGCAACCAAACCCGAAACCUCUGCUCUUAUUCCCAUUUGGUUGCAACCAUUAGGUAACUCAUCCUUGGCUAUCAAUCUUGGAGUUCAUCCUUGGCUAUCUCUCUAUCUGUGUUGGCAAAUCAUCCUUGGCUUACAAGCAUUCUGGCUGCCUCUAUCAUCCCUGUUACACCCAACAAUCUGGGCACUGGUUUGAGGCUCUUCACCCAGAAUGCAACCUCUUUUUCAUCUUAUAUAUACAUACAUAAUCCUAUCUCCAAUAAUACAUAUAUCAUGAAGAUCCAGAUAUUGGGUUCAUGAUAUGAUGUUGCAGAUUUGCAGAAAAACUUGGUGUGUUGUAAAAGAUUGAUACAACUUAUGUGUGAUUUCUGGUAUUGUAUUUGACAUAAAUAUGGAUUUUAUGAACCUUUUCCUUUCUGGGUUUGUUUA